AUGUGUCGCAGGCCCGGCUCAGUCCCUCUUGCAGCCCAGAGCCCGAGACCUUCUCCUUGGCGCUGCCCGGCAGGCCGCGGCUGCAUCCCCAGGCUGCCGAGAGGCGGCGGGAGCAGCGCCCGACCUCCGCUCCUGCAGCCCGUGGGGAUGGCUUCCCGGCCGCGCUCCAGGACCCCCUGCCCUGGGGCCCAGCCCUGUCCUGCUGCUGGCUGCAGGCUCCUGGGGCUGAAAGUCUAUCGGCAGCUUUCUCCCCUGACUGAGGUGGACUGUGGGGCCGCCCUGGGUGUGCAGGGGCCUUCCUGGCCCCCGUGUCUCUUCUGGAAAAGAAUCCUGUGCAUCUUUUUCCUACCAUGUAUCUUAUCAGGUUUUUCUCCUCGAGUGAAACAUAAAAAGAAUCUCUUAUCUGGAAAAGCGCAGCCUCAGCUAUCCCAGUACAGGUUUAUUUGGUCUCGUCUGACCCCUCUGGAGCUGAGGAAUCGAUCCAUGGGACUGCAGACUGAAAGCAGAGUUGGGAGUAAUCCGUACUUCACACUGGAGGGUCACAAGUUCCUGAUCUUCGGGGGCUCCAUCCACUAUUUCCGCGUGCCCAGGGAGUACUGGAGGGACCGCCUCCUGAAGCUGAAGGCCUGUGGCUUCAACACUGUCACCACCUAUGUUCCAUGGAACCUCCAUGAGCCAGAAAGAGGCAGAUUUGACUUCUCUGGGAACCUGGACCUGGAGGCCUUUGUCCUGACUGCUGCGGAGAUCGGGCUGUGGGUGAUUCUGCGUCCAGGCCCCUACAUCUGCAGCGAGAUUGACCUCGGGGGCUUGCCCAGCCGGUUACUGCAAGAUCCCCAGGUGAACCUGAGAACGACUGACAAGGGCUUUGUUGAAGCAGUUGAUAAGUAUUUUGAUCAUCUGAUUUCCAGAGUGGUUCAUCUCCAGUACCGCAAGGGAGGCCCCAUCAUUGCAGUGCAGGUGGAGAACGAAUAUGGUUCAUUUUAUAAGGAUAAAGAUUACAUGCCCUAUCUUCAACAGGCCCUGCUGAAAAGAGGGAUUGUGGAGCUUCUCUUGACCUCGGAUAAUGUGGAUGAUGUGCUAAAAGGCUACAUAAAAGGAGUGCUGGCCACCAUCAAUAUGAAAAAAUUUCGGAAGGAUGCUUUCCAACACCUUUAUAAGGUGCAGAGGGAUAAGCCCAUUAUGAUUAUGGAAUAUUGGGUCGGCUGGUUCGACACGUGGGGAAGUAAGCACGAGGUUAAAGAUGCGGGUGAUGUUAAGAACACCGUGUCUGAAUUUAUCAAAUUUGAGAUCUCCUUCAACGUAUAUAUGUUCCACGGUGGAACCAACUUUGGUUUCAUAAACGGGGCCAUAAAUUUUGUGAAGCACGCUGGUGUCGUCACUAGCUAUGACUAUGAUGCUGUGCUCACAGAGGCCGGGGAUUACACAAAGAAAUAUUUCAAGCUUCGAAAACUCUUUGGAUCCAUCUUAGCAGUUCCCCUGCCCCCCUUACCUGAACUCACUCCCAAGGCUGUGUAUCCUUCUACGAGAUCAUCCCAUUACUUGCCACUGUGGGAUGUCCUACAGUACUUAAAUGAGCCAGUCAUGUCUAAAAUGCCAGUCAGCAUGGAGAAUCUUCCUAUAAACAAUGGAAAUGGUCAGUCCUAUGGAUUGGUCCUUUAUGAGACUCCCAUCUGCUCUGGAGGGCAGCUUCAUGCCCAUGUUCGAGAUGUAGCACAGGUGUUUUUGAAUGAGACAACAAUAGGAAUACUGGAUGAUAGUAUUCGGAACUUGAAGAUUCCUGAAGUCAAGGAAUGUCAACUUCUAAGGAUCCUGGUGGAGAAUCAAGGACGAGUCAAUUUUUCAUGGAAAAUUCAAAAUCAGCAGAAAGGAUUAACUGGACCUGUUACCAUCAAUAACAUUUCCCUGGAGGGUUUCACUAUCUAUUCUCUGGAAAUGAAAAUGAGCUUCUUCAAGAGGCUCCGCUAUGCCCCCUGGAGGCCUGUCCCAAACAGCUACUCAGGCCCUGCCUUCUACCGUGCUACACUGAGGGCUGGCUCUUCUCCCAAGGACACCUUCCUGAGACUACUGAACUGGAAUUAUGGCUUUGUGUUCAUCAAUGGACGUAACCUUGGGCGAUACUGGAUUAUUGGACCCCAGGAAACACUUUACCUUCCUGGUGCCUGGCUGCAUCCAGAAGACAAUGAGAUCAUUCUGUUUGAGAAAAUAAAGAGUGGUUCAGUCAUCGAAACUACAGACCAACCAGUGCUAUAAGACUGUGUUAUAACAUAUUUUUUGUAUUGUUGGAGUUCAUCUACAAGCAGUUUUUCAGGAGAAAGAAUGUCAAGAAUAUCAAACAAAGUGCUCACUACAGUAGCAAAAAUGUGAAAAUAACCUAAAAAAAGCAACAGGAAAAUUGUUAUGUAUACUGUAGUAUAUCCAUAUGAUGCCUAUUUUCAGUCUUUAAAAAGCCCUCAAAAUCUUCAAUGACUG